AUGAAGAAUGAGACAGGCGAGAUGAAUGACAUCUACCCCAUGGACAAGCUUCUGGCCAAGCUCUCGGAGCAGCAAGAACUUCUUACCAAGCAGCAAAGCAACUCUCUUCGAAACAACUACGUUGAUGGAGGCAAAGUUAGCCCCAGGACUCCGGAUCUUACCUCGUCGACCAACUCUCUCCCUAUCACGGCCGCUACCGAGAGUUUUACCUCCACGGCCCCGACUACCCGGCCUGCCAGUGCAUCCCUCAACAGUCAGCAAGAAGAAGACGAGGAAGUUCUCCGCCUAAAGAUACAGCUUUCACAGGCUCAUAAUCACAUAUCAAAGCUUGGUGAUGAGUUGGCAUACUCUCGUACGACGCUAAAGUCGGACAUGGAUCCCAUGGGUCCCAUGGCACCUGGUGUACCCGAGGCUCCGUCUCAAAGCAAAAGCCUGUUUCAACCAAGUGCCUGGUCGACAGCUGGAAACACUCAGUCAGAUGCAGGUGAGAACUCCAUGGCCAACCACUCGGGCCGCAACAGGGCUCUAUGGGGUAACCCUAGGACGUCUGUGGCCAAUUCUCCCCUCCAUGCCCCGAUCCCUGAGGCUUCUCCAAGCACCUGGAUCGGCGGGCGAGGCGCUUUCAAUAGCCCCUACAUGCCUCAUGGGCCUUCUUUCCACCCAGUCGAUGCCCCCCAGUCCGACCGCCUCACCCCUGAGUCCGAUGUUUUCAUGCGGCCCUCUGGAAGUCGUCGUGGAAACGGAUUUGAGAGCAGGAUGGGCACUCCGCACCACUAUGGGGGCCCCUACGGAGCAUACAACCCACCAGACAGCCAUUAUGAUCUUAUGAUGACCAACCCCAUUCCUGGAACGCCAAUCCCAUCGGGCCCUAUGGGUAGUGCUCCAGGCAUGCCACCGGUGCCCAUGGCCAUGUUUUCAUCAGCCCAGCAGCAGCACCUGGCAACUCGGCUGUCCCCGUAUGCCUCGGAGUUUACAUCGAGAACCCCAUGGAAAAACGAGGGGACUCCUUCGGAGGGUGCUACAUAUCUCCCCCCUACGGAGCCACUCAACUAUCGCCGGCUGCUUGAUCGAAACGUCAACUCUUCCAUUUUCCUCCAGCAGAAGCUCAAGGUAGGUACCCCGGAGCAAAAGUAUGAUGUUGUCGAGGCUAUUGUGGCCCAAGCCUACCCCUUGAUGGUCAACCGAUUCGGCAACUUCCUGGUUCAGCGUUGCUUCGAGCACGGAACACCUGAACAAGUUAUCAGCAUUGCUGAGGCUAUUCGUGGAAACACGCUUAGCCUGUCGAUGGAUCCAUUUGGCUGCCAUGUCGUCCAAAAGGCCUUCGACUCGGUACCAGAGGAAUACAAAGCCAUCAUGGUUCAUGAGCUCCUGAGACGCAUUCCGGAGACUGUCAUUCACCGGUAUGCCUGUCACGUCUGGCAGAAGCUCUUUGAGCUUCGGUGGACGGAGACGCCGCCGCAGAUCAUGAAGUACGUCAACGAAGCUCUUCGAGGGAUGUGGCAUGAAGUGGCUUUGGGAGAGACGGGCAGUCUGGUUGUCCAGAACAUUUUUGAAAACUGUCUCGAAGAAGACAAGGCAAGAACCUUCGAAAAGAAAGUCCUCGCCAAUAUUAACAUUGUGGCACAUGGUCAAUUCGGCAACUGGUGCAUCCAGCACGUAUGCGAGCAUGGAGCCCCCCCGGACCAAAGCCGUGCAGUCGACCAUGUCAUACGGUACGCAGCCGAGUACAGCACCGACCAGUUUGCAUCCAAGGUGGUGGAGAAGUGCCUCAAGAUUGGAGGUGCUGAAUUCCUUGGUCGAUACCUUGAUCGAGUAUGCGAAGGCCGACCUGACCGGACGCGGAUCCCACUGAUUGACAUUGCCAGCGACCAGUACGGCAACUAUCUUAUACAAUGGAUCCUGAACAACUCGGCAUCGCAGCACCGUGAGACGGUUGCGGCUCAUAUCCGCAAGCACAUGGUUUCUCUCCGAGGGUCCAAGUUUGGGUCCCGCGUUGGUAUGCUCUGCACCAACCACUCGGUGGCUACCCGACCUGGACCUGGUGCUGGGCCUGGGAUGGGAGGCCGUGGAGGUGCGGGGUCUCGAUUCAAUAGCUCUGGCAGCUCGUUCCGAUGA